GAGUCACCACAGGGAGCAUCAAAUUAAACCGGUCAGCUGACUGCUGCGGGAACACAGAGGUUUAUGCGAAGUUAUUAUCAAAGAAGAUAUUAUUAGUUUUCACAUAAAAACGACAUAAAGAAUUGAGCGAAGAUAACGCGCAUCCAACAAAACUGAUUGUGCGGGAAAGUAGAAAAAAAAACAUAAUCAGAAAAGAAAAAAAACACAAAAGGAGAUCUAGGAGAUCUAAAAACUCUGACUGAAAAAUUAUAAAUUUAUCAAAGAACGUGAUCACGGCAAAAUAAAGAAAUCACGAUGAACAUGGAUUGGAUAGAAUAUAAUUACACGCAGAUGUUUCGUCGCUUAUUCAUGGCUACGUCGGACUACGAAAGUACAGAUUCGCAAGCGACUAUAGACGGUGUGCCGGUACGAAAGUUAUUCGUCAGCAACUUGGCUCAAAGGAGUACCUUUAAAGAUUUGCAAAAGUGCUUUUCUACGUACGGAGACGUUGAGAGUUGUUAUUUGCGUAGAAAUAAAAAAAGCAACUACGCAUUUGUCACAUUUUUUAAAGUAGAAGAUGCAAAACAAGCGCUGGAAAAUGGAAUAUCCAAACAAGUAAGAUUACACAACAGAGACUUGAAGGUACUGCCUGCGGAUUCUUGGCAUCAACCUGAUAAUAUAGAAAACAAAAUGAAUAAAGUCUAUAAAACAGAACCACUAUCACCUGAAACAUCAAUUUUAUCAAGCUCAAUAGCCGUACAAAUAGAAAAUUCACUGUACAGGCCUGACGUACUGUCUCCCAUAUUUUCACUUUUGCCAUUUAAACAUAGAUUGAUUAUGGAAGAAGUCUGUAAAUACUGGCAAAUAGCAGUACAACAGCGAGAAGCAUGGAUCGAUAUAAAAAAAUUAAGCCUUACAUCUAAAAAGUGGGAAGGUGUGAACGUUCACUCACUUCGAACAGCUUCAUUUCGUCGAAUUUUACAGAGAUGUGGCCGAUUUCUAAGAGAACUAGAUCUGUCGUAUCAAUUUCAUUGUUUAGGUUUAAGUACGGUGUCCGUCAUUGCAAACUUUUGUACCAUAUUGGACACUCUCGAUCUUUCUGGAUUAACAAUUACUAGCUCAAGCUUAGACAUUUUAGCAGUUAAAUGUGAAUAUUUGAAGAAAUUUACCUUGGGGACAACACUGACCGCCUGUGAUAUUGAACUUACGAAUGUUUUUAAAAGAGCACACUUAGAAUAUCUAGCUCUGAAAAGAACCAACAUUACAGGCCAUUGUUUGCUAUCUUUGCGGCCAGAAGAGAUAUCUACUCUGAUAGUGAACAGAUGCGAAGAACUUCAAGAUAACCGUUUUGCCGAUGCAUUAAACAAGUUGAAGUUGACUUGUCUUGAAAUACGUUUCUGUUCUCGCUUACAAAGUAGGACAAUACAGGCUAUCUGCAAUUGUACAACUUUAGAAUCAUUAGAGUUUGAUGGAAACCUCUUCAAGUCGAUGAGUGACAACCACUUGUUAAAUAAGUUACCUAAAAAACUCGUCAAUCUGACAAACUUGACACUUAUAUACGUUAUCAAUUUGCAAACCGCUUUCUUUAAAAAUUUGGCAUUACAUUGUCGAAAACUUACCUUUCUAACCAUAGCAGGUUGCAAAACGGUGACAGAAGAGGAACUUAGAUGGUUUGUUCAUUUAACAAAAUUAAAAAAGUUAAUUCUCAGUAAUGUAAAUAUUACUGACGAGAGUUUGUCAAACAUACACGGUUUAACACAUUUUGAAUGUCGAAGAUGUACAUAUAUUAAAAGUGACGGCAUAAAAGAAGUACUUAGAAGAUCGCCUGAUUUACAAGUAUUAGAUCUCUCCGGCUGCGCUAAAGUUAAUAACGAUAUUCUAGAGGUUGCUAAUGAAAUGACCAGAAACCGACGCAAUAACUUAACGUUAAAUAUAUAUGUCGGAGGAACUGCCAUUACAAGUAGACAGAACUAUCCUGAUAAUCAGCGGUUAAAAAUAUUUAACGUUAAUCUUUCUGACAUCGAAUUAUAUAAAAACGAUCUGUCAAUUAUAGAAAGAAGUUUGCCAGAUCAACUAGUUGAAGAAGAGGAAGAAGAAGAAGUGGAAGAAGAAAUGGAAGAAGAAGAUGAAGAAAGUGAAGAAAGUGAAGAGAGUGAAGAGAGUGAAGAGAUUGAAUAUUCCGAUUGAGCAACCGUCGGAGACAAAAGUGAAAUUUUAUGGAGCUUUACAGAUAAUACUCAGUAUACAAAAAGUCUAGUCAGAAAAAGUUGUUUUAUAAAAAUUAGUCGGGCAAUAAUUAAAAUGUCUGAAGAAAUUAAAUGUUUUAACUAAAAAUUACAAGAUUGAGUCAUCGACUUUUUAACUAAAUUAUAGAUAAAUUGUUUUUUUUUACUUCUAUAAAUAUCAGAGAAUUAAUGCACGUUUUAAUAUAAUAGUUAACUUACUUAGGUACUAAUUGACUAAAAUAUAAAUAAUGAUGUAUGUGUGUGUAUAAUGAAUAAAUAUCCUAUAUAAUUGUUAGUAUAUUGUGAGUGUUAUUUUUAUAUAUAUGUCGCAAAAUAUUAAAUCAAACUCAUGAACUCAUAUAUACGUACAUAUUAACCAUCGACUGUGAUUCUUUUGAGCGCAUGUUUACUUCUAUAUAUGUCUAUGUAUUUUCAAAGAUAUUAAUUAUAUAAAUAAUAUAAAACUAUUCUUGUGAUAAAAAAUAAUACAAAUACACUUUUGUACAAAUCUGUGUUAAUCUACACUUCUGGAUUUCGAAAUACUAAAAUCUGCGGAAGGGAAACAAUUACACUCUUACCCAUAAAAUACAUUAUUCUAUUGUUGUAUUUAUAAUUAAUAACAUUUAUCGAUAAAUGAUGAAUUCAUACAACUGCAAUUACGAUGCACAUAUUUUUAUAAUAACAAGAGUUACGCACAUAUUUUUAUAAUUGCUAAAAAUUACGAUUUUUGCGCAAAAUUAUGGGUCACCGCUUGAUAAAACUGCUUUCUAUAUAAUUUUUAUACAGUGUGAUUAUUAAUUAUUAUAAACUGUUAUCACACAAUUGUAUAUCUCUUUCUGCGCGACUAAUUUACUUACUAUGAUAAAUUAUGAAGACAAUUUUUUUUUUUUUUUACAACACACGACAUUAUAUGCGUUUGCUCUUAUACUAUCAAUAUUAUUGUAUUUUAGUUUAUGAUUUAAACAUAAUAUAUGAGACCUUAAUCCAUAAGCGUUUCACGCUUUUACAUGUUACACACCGAUAAAUAUUUUAUUCGGCUUGCAAAACCAAUAUAUAUCACGUAUUAUGGUAGAUAUACUUGUCAACAAUCAGUGAUGUUUAAAUCAAGUUUUGAAAUGACUAUUACUUUAUGUGCAAUACGUGAGGACCAACCUGUAGAUUUUUCAUCUACAAAAAUACGCAUAAAAAAUUUUAUAAUCAAUAAUAAAUUGAUUAUUACAAUUUUAGCGUAUAUAUAAUAAUAAUAAGCUAUUCAUUUAUAUAGUUUUACGACAUUCUAUUGCAUUGUUUACGAUAAUUGUGACUUGUUGAAAGAGAGAGAGAACCCAGAUAGCCAAAUGUGAAAACUCAAUAUAAAGCAAAUCAUUGUAUAGAUUAAGUUGC